AAAAUUCGCCAUCGUCCAUCCCUUCGUUUGAAAUAAGCAUUUCUUAUACUGAAACCGCUCCUCUCCUCUUACUUGCGCUGAAUCAAUCAAUGUACCCACCCCAAAGCGAGUAGGGAUGCCUCUUAUCGAUGCCCUUAACUCUUCUUUUUUUGUCUCUCUUGCUGGAAUUAGGAGCUGAAUCAGGGGCGAAUAAUACCUUGUCAAAGAUAGUCGAAAGGAGGGCUCCUGUCCCUGUGCUGCUGUCUAUUGCUGAAUGGAAUUUAGUUCGAGUGUGUAGAUCUUCAAUGGGAUUGCAGCAGCGCAGAACCGGCUGGAAUAAGUACUAUCUCCUCACGGCUUCUCUUUGCAUCGUUGAUUCUCAGGCCGGUACCUCGAACAAAGAUAAAAUCCCAGGUCAUUCGUCUCAUUUUGUUUUCCUGAGAAGAGUCCUACGUCCGUCGAUCUGCUCCCUCAGUUUCCUUUGGCUCUCCGGCUGCGUUGUGCGCUCUAUUAUCGAUCCUCGUUUCCAUUUACAAGCAUUUUAAUUUUGGUCCGCCCAUGAUUGGCAAUUUCUAUGCACGUUCGUGAAUUCUGGGCUUUGA